AUGCGCUCAGUUGGGUCGUGCUUCAGCGCCGCUUACAAACAUUACGUUACCAUGUCCUAUCCGAAUUCUAAUGUAGGUCGUAAACGUAGUCGACCUGAAGAUUGGAGUGAAGCUGGUCCUUCGCCAGUUAUCCAUAUUCGUGGACUACCAAGAAAUAGCGUUGAAUAUGAUAUUGUUAAGGCAUUCGAGUCACAUGGGCGCAUACGAGAUGUAACAAUGAUUCCCCAGAAAAACCAGGCUUUAGUGGAAUUUGAAAACCAGGCCUCUGCAGAAGAACUGAUCGAUAAAAAGUGCGAAAUACAUGUUCUCAAUAGUCUGGUUCAAGUAGCUUUCAGUACUUCCAAACACAUAGUUCAGCGUGCUGCAAACAGAGCUCCACCAGAUGAAAAAAACUCACUUUCUUCAGAUAAUCAUAUCCUUCUGUUCACGAUUUUUAACGCCGAACGUCCUGUAACUGUCGAAACAAUUCAUCGCAUAACAUCCUGUCAUGGUCGUGUUCUUCGGAUAGUAAUCUUUCGCAAAUCUCAGGUGCAAGCUAUGGUGGAAUUUGGUAGCAUACCAGAGGCACGCAAUGCAAAACUUCAUUUGAAUGGUGCAGAUAUAUAUCCAGGGUGUUGUACAUUAAAGGUAGACUAUGCUCGCCCGACCAGACUAUCAAUAUCUAGAAACGACCAAGACAACUGGGAUUUCGAAAUUUGUGAAUCACAGGCAAAUUACUAUCAGCAAGAUUCCCAGUAUAAUAACUCGCUUCUAGGUUUCUCGGAUAUGCCGUACAAUAACUAUGAUGGCUAUGGCCAGCCUUCAUAUGAAAAUCGAAAUGAUUAUAUGCAACCUUAUAUUAUGCCAUACAGAGAACCAUCUAUUCCAUCGCAUAACAUGUCCCAUCCGGUUGAAGAUAAUAGAAGUCGAAAUCUUAAUUGUACUCGAGUUGUUAUGCUGUACAACAUUGACAUGCAGAAAAUGAACUGUGACCGUAUAUUCAAUCUCUUAUGUCUUUAUGGUAACGUUAACCGCGUUAAAUUUCUACGUAGUAAAGAAGGUUCAGCCAUGGUUGAAAUGGCUGAUACUGAUGCUGCUCUUUGCGUUAUCAGAAACUUUUCAGGCGUUUCCCUUAUGGGUAACCAACUGAUGGUACGGACUAGUAAACAAGACGUUAUCUUGGAUGUUUCUAGUCCAUUUCAGUUGCCCGAUGGUUCCCCAUCUUUUAAAGAUUAUAGUAAGGAUCGAAAUAACAGAUAUACUACACCUACUCUGGCUAAAAAGAAUCGCAUUCAUCCACUUUCACGUACUCUGCAUUACUGGAAUGCCCCACCUAAAAUAACUGUUGAUGACAUGGUAGAGUUUCUGCAAAAAUGCGGAGCUGCAAAACCUCAACAUGUUGAACAAUUCUCAAAAGUUCCCGAAAAACCAUCAUCUGGUACUAUUAGAUUUGCCACCGAUGGAGAAGCAUGUGAGGCUCUUGCCUACUGUAAUCACCAGGCACUAAAAGAUGACGAAUCUACACAUCCGUAUACCAUUAAACUAUCAUUCGCGAAUCCCAAUUUAUCUUCUGAACCAAUCCAUGUGGGAAGUCAUCAUUCAAAUGGCAGUGAGAAUGGCGGUGAUCAUAUAGAUUCAUCUUAGUGAGUUAUAUUGUUAUGAUUAUUAGUUAUAUAUGUGUUAUGUCUGUCUGUGACUGAUUAAUUUUGAACUGUGCUAUUGAAUGAAUUCAUGAAUGUAAAAUCUAAGAAAAUAAUUAAACUUGUUAUGAAGAUACUGUCAAUACAUGUUAUCUUCAUGAAACAGAAUAUGACAUAGCUUCGCUG